AUGUUGCAACUUGCAGGGAUGUUGCACUCAGCAAAGGCUUGUACGUCUGUGUUCAUGUGGGAGACAAAGGGUCUGCUGCGCCGCUGGGUGAUGGAGGAGCGGCCGCAGGAGGAGCGGCCGCAGGAGGAGCGGCUGCAGGAGGAGCGGCCGCGGGAGGAGCUGCCAGCAUCCCACGGCACAGGAGGCCACCACCCUGUGCGAGAAGGAGAUGUGUUCAACACACGGUACCAGGCCCUGCACAAUCUGGGUUGUGGCACCUUUGCCACCGUCUGGCUGUGCCAGGACAUGAGGAAGAAGAAACACGUAGCUGUGAAGAUUCUGAAGAGCAGGGAAGGCUUUGCUGAGGCUGCCCAGGAUGAAGUUGCUCUUCUCCGCUGCGUGAGCAAUAUGAAGAAGAAGGACCGGUCAGGAGAAAAUAUUGUCUCUCUGUUAGAUGACUUCAGAAUGAUUGGAGAGAGUGGUUUCCAUGCCUGCUUGGUAUUCGAGGUGCUGGGCCCUUCCCUGCAAUGUCUAAUGAAUAACUACAGAGCCCAGGGACUGCCUUUGCCAUCUGUGAAAAAGUUUUUACAGCAGGUGCUGGCAGGCCUGCACUUCCUGCACAGGUGCUGCCACAUCAUCCACACGGACAUCAAACCUGAGAACAUCUUGCUCUACAGCCGUGACAAAAGCCUCCAAAAGCUGCAGCCCAAUACGCUUGACUGUGGCCAGAGAACAGAUCUGAGGCUAAAAGGACCAGGUGAUCUUGGCAGUCAGUUGGAAGAAGAUGAUUUGAUGAACAUAGAAGUGAAAAUUGCAGAUCUGGGCAGCGCGUGCUGGACGUACAAACCUUUUUCCAAGAAGAUCCAGACCCAGCCAUACCGUGCCCUGGAAGUGCUGCUUGGAUUAGACUACGGCACUCCUGCGGACAUCUGGAGCACAGCCUGCCUGGCAUUUGAAAUGGCAACUGGGGAGCGCCUGUUUGAUCCUCAACCUGGAAAGUAUUUCUCCAGAGAUGAUGACCAUGUUGCUCAAAUUAUCGAACUCCUGGGGAGAAUUCCUCCUCAAAUUGCUUUCUUCUGGAACAAGUCAACAAAUUUUUUCAGCAGGCCAGGCGCUCUCCUGCGGAUCUCCAGGCUCUCCCCUCGCGACCUCCACAGCAUCCUGGCCGACAGACACGGCUGGACAAAGCACUCGGUUACUCCCUUCACCAGCUUCCUCCUCCCCGCGCUGCAGUACGCGCCCGAGCGCCGCGCCACCGCCGCCCAGUGCCUGCAGCACGCCUGGCUCAGCACCCCGUAA